UUGCACCACACGUGUUGAGGUUUUUCCCCCCUGCAAAGCCAAAACAUGACUAGAAAUUAGAAGCUUUAAUCGAAAACGUGUCGAAAUAAGCAGCAGAUGAGGCAACUAGCUGGUAAAUGUUGCCAUGAGGUUUGUCUUUGUGCCUGCUGGGCUUCAGGGAGCUGCAGAAAUGAGCCAUUUUGAGCGCAGACAAAACGUGGAGAAACAGCGACACCAAGCGGCCACACGGCGCCUCUGCAGCUCAGUUCAAACCGGCAGAAAGUGAAACUAAAACCGAGGAGUGUCCGACAGCAGCGGGUGUGUUUGUAGCAACGUGGUGGUGGUGACCGUUAAUCGUCAGAUGUUUGCCCGCUUCCGGCCGUGAUGGAACCCCGGGAGAGCCGCAGGACGGUGGUGGUGUCCGGGGUCCCCGACGCGCUGUCCGCCGGGAGGAUGGCGGACAAGCUGAUGAUUCACUUCCAGAGCCGCAGGAGGAGCCACGGAGGAGACGUGGAGGAGCUCGAGUAUCCCACCAACAUGGUCGGAGUGGCGUUCGUCACUUUCGACCGAGCUGAAGAUGCGGCGAAGGUGGUGGAGAAGGAGCAGCAGAUCAUGACGGACAGCGAGUUUCUUCAAGAAUACGUCCUCACCGUGUUUCCCUUCAGCAGAGACGUGUUUGUGUACGUCGCCAGCGCCACAGUCGAUCUCUCCAAAUUCGGCAGUGAUCCAGCGCCCCUGAUUAAGAGUCUCCAGUCGGCUCACAGAUCACUCCGGUUCCAACCUUUGCUCCCUGGAAAAGUGUCCAUUGAGGGUCCUUUCUCUGCCGUCCAGGCCCUGAGAGCGGACCUCAUCCGCAGGGACAGUCAGCUUAAAUCCCCAAACUCAGCCAUCAAACUAACAGAGACUCCUGCUAAUCCGAGACUAAUAUCUCAUCACAGGUCUGUCGGUUCUGUAAGCCGCAGCGCUUCUAAAGCCAAGCGGGAAGCAGCGAGCUCGAGCAGCUUAUCGACGCCGCUGCAGAGCACAGGUGAAGUAAGUGAAGUCCAAAGCCUGCUCUCCAAAGCAAAAACUCCAAACGCUUCCUCGAGGCAAAAAGUUUCUGAUGGGAGUCUGGCUGGAGGGAGGUGUUUGGAUGCAGACGGAGAAGAACCGAGAGGUCGGCCGAGGUCCAAAAUGUCCACAGAAUAUAGAAGAGAAGGAACAAAGGCCAACGCCAGACAAGUGGUCGGGGCAGAAAUCAAUGCGGGGAUUAUUUCGCCAUCGUCGGGUCUGGACCUGCUUCCUGCAGAGCAAAAAUCAGCAAACAAACCACAACAGCACCUCAGAGCAGACGGGAUUUCAGAAUCCAAAGCCGGAGGACAGAAUCAUUUGGCUGAAGCGAAGUCAUUCCAGAACACAUUGAAAGAUGUCUCAGCACCAUCGAAGAGCAGAGCUGAUCUGACUGAAGUCCAUCCGGAAGAUCUCUUGGUCGACUCGUACACGUUCAGAUACAUCCAAAAAUUCCACAAAAAGGAGCUGGACAGAUGUUUCAACGGCGUUAACAUGUUCGUCCAGUGUUUUAAAGAAGAUGGCUUCACUCGGAUUUCCCUGACCAGGAAUCAAACUAACACGGCAGCUUCAAGCAUCCAGCAGGCCUCAGAAAGAUUACAGGCUUUGAUGGACUUCUGGUUUUCCACUUUAAGAGUUCGCGAGAUGUUCUAUGACUCGGCAAAGCUGCCUGAUAAACAGAAAGUGACUCAGAUCUGCGAUGACGUGAAUUCACUGCACAAAGACGUUCUGUACGUAUUUGAGGGUUGUUUCAUUAAGGUCAUCGGUCCAUCGGCGUCCAUCCACUCAUUCUGUAGCAGAGUGAAGGAAACCCUGAGAAGGUGAAAUAAAUGGGUGCAGUUUUACCAGCGACCACAUGGUGGCGCAGUCGUACCUUCACAGAACCUUCUGCAUUCCUGUGGUUGUAAUUUCUAAUAAUUAGAAGCAUAUAAAUAAGUCACACUGUGUAUAUUAGAUAUCUGCCUCAGAAACAUCAGAAUUAUCUCAUAUUAAAUUAAAAAAAGUAAUAGAACACCUUCCAGUACCUGAGUCCCGCUUGUUUAUCCCUGGAUUACUAAUUGGGCCUUUAAACAGCAGGUUUUAAUCUGAAUGAUGUUCUCACAGCAGUAGGGGUGAGUCUUAAUUAACCUCCUCAUAUCUUAAUUACAAAUGAUCGACUUCUAAUUAAAACUUUAAGAAAGCAACAUGCCAACCUGUCUCACUCAACCAAAUGGCGUUUUAUCAGGAGUUUAACUUGUAUGUCAGUGUUUGAUCUCAUGUUAAUUGACAUAAAAUUAUAUAUUUUUUUGUUUUUUUAAGUUGUUUCCAUUACAUUUGAAUGCAAAAUUCAAUAAAAAGAUGGAAAAAGUGUCA